AUGAGCGAUAAUGAUGGUCUCAUGUUGAUGAACUUCACGACCGAGUCCGGGCCGGACAACGCGAGUAGCCACCGCAGAGUAAAGGUUACCGGAGGUAAGUGGAAAGAACGCAGAAAGCUGAAGAUGAAGCUCGAGGGGCGGCCUUUGAGACCCAAGCGACCAGCGGCGGCAGUGGAAGAAGCCCCAGCUGCGGCGGUGCCGGAGGGCAGCGCGAUAGAGCCUGCGGCGAAAAGGCCGCGAGGCCGCAACGAGCGCGCGCCCAAGGACGUGCCUCCGCAACCCGCGAACGCGCAGGUGGUGUCGUCGCUGUUUACGUCGACACGGGCGAUCACGACAUCCGUGAAUGACCACGAGCGCGCGUCGAACGAUGUCGCGCCGUCGAAUGCGCCACUGCUGCAGGACACCUUCGAGGCGCUGGGCGUGCGUGGCACGCUUCUGGAGCACCUCACAGGGAAGAUGAAGAUCCAGAAACCAACCAAGAUCCAGAAGAUGGCCAUUCCGGAGGUGCUGAACGGCAAGGCCGACCUUUUCUUGCACGCGCAGACCGGCUCGGGCAAGACGCUGGCCUUCCUCCUGCCGGUGCUGCAGACCCUCCUCUCGCUGGAGCAGCGGAUCGACCGCCACAGCGGCUGUUUUGCGAUGAUCGUGACACCGACUCGGGAGCUGGCCGCCCAGAUCUACGGGGUGAUCAGCACCCUGGCUCAGUGCUGCCACUACCUGGUUCCCUGCCUUCUUGUCGGUGGAGAGCGCAAGAAGUCGGAGAAGGCCCGGCUGCGCAAGGGUGCCAACUUCAUCGUGGGCACACCGGGGCGUAUGCUCGACCAUCUGCAGAAUACGAAGGUCGCAAGAGAGCAGCUGCCGCACUCGCUCCGCUACCUGAUCUUGGACGAGGGAGACAAACUGAUGGAACUAGGUUUUGAGGAGACACUGAAGAGCAUCCUGGAAAUCGUACACUCGGUGGCCUGCGAUAACACACGCUUUCCGCGGCUGCCGCAGCGCAUCGUCCACGUGCUCUGUAGUGCCACAAGGCAGGGUACCGUUUCCAAGCUGGGCGAUAUCGCCCUGACCGAUCCGAAAGUGAUUGCAGCUAGCGACUCUACGACAGACGUCAGCACCGUGCCCGACCAGCUGUUGCAGAAGAUCGCCAUAGUUCCGCCCAAGCUGAGACUGGUGACGCUCUGCGCGGCGAUCAGUGAACUAUCCCGCAAGGCGCCCACCGAAACCACCACGCGCACGAUCGUUUUUAUUUCAUGCGCGGACAGCGUCGACUUCCACUACGAUGUCUUUUCUGGUCUUGGCGGAAGUCAUAGGGAUCUCGUACCCGGUACGGUGCGCGAGCUUGCCGCCGGCAGCCGCGCGCUGCCCUGCUUCUCCGCCGACAGCCCGCCAAAUACCGUGUUCUACAAGCUGCAUGGAUCGCUGCCACAGGCCGUGCGUGUUGCGACGCUGCGGCACUUCUCCUCAGACGCUGCGGCAACCCGGGGGAAGCACCUGGUCCUGUUUUGUACCGACGUCGCCUCGCGUGGCUUGGACCUGCCGCGUGUCAGCACUGUCAUCGAGAUGGACCCGCCCUUCGCGGUCGAGGACCAUCUGCAUCGUAUCGGGCGGACCGCGCGUGCCGGUGUGGCUGGCGAGUCGUUGCUCUUCCUGCUGCCCGGCGAGGAAGAGGGCUACAUGGAACACAUCCGUGCCCACCACCCUCGUGGCUGGGAGCUGCUUCGCUACGAUCGAGACCUACUGGCGCCGGCCUUCGCGGCCCCUGUCGCCCGCUCCGACCGUCCGACCACCGCAACGGACGCCGCCUGGGACAGCAACGCGACAACUUGGCACCUCAACGUCGAGCGCCGUGUGCUCGAAGACCCCUCCGCGAAGGAUCUUGCCAUCAAGGGCUACACCAGCCAUAUCCGCGCAUACGCAACCCACAUCUCUCAGGAAAAGCGCUUCUUCAACGUUCGCUGUCUGCAUCUUGGCCACCUGGCGAAAGCCUUUGGACUUCGCGAGCGCCCCAAAGGCAUGGCCGCUCAUCGCGGGAAGCCUGCUACUCCGAAGCCCAAGCAGGACGAUGCCCGCACCAAAAUGCUACGUAUGGCACGCCAGGCUGUUGCACAAAGCAAUAGCGAAUUCAAUUACUAG